CUCUCUCCCCUGUCAACCUGAGGUGCCUUCAUGAAUAAUUUAAAUGACCCCCCGAACUGGAACAUCUUGCCGAAUCAACGAGAGCCCGGGGAUGAAGGCAGCAAAUGGAACUACGCCUUGCUGGUCCCCAUGCUGGGCUUGGCCGCCUUCCGUUGGAUCUGGACCAGAGAAUGUCAAAAAGAAAUAGAAAGAGAAAAAAAAGAAUAUUAUAAGAAACAUUCAUCUUUACAAAAGGACCUGGAAGCCAAAUACCGGGAUAUAAUCACAGAAAAUCGUCGCACGGUUGCUCAUUUGGAGUUGGAGCUCGAAAAGGAACGCAACAGAACCCUGAGUUACCGUGAAGCCCUUGUGUCCCAGAGUCGUAAACUAGUAGAAGAAAGAAGGAUUCUAGAACAGGAGCAGGAGAAGUUAGAGCAAGAGAAACAAAUCCUUUUGCACUCGGGAGCAGCAGGUAACUUGUACCGAAGUUGUUUGGCAAAGGAAGAAGAGUGGCAAAAGAGAGCCAGUAUUUUACUAAAAGAAUUUGAAGAGGGACUUAAAGAAAGACAGGACAUCUACUGCAGUCUUGUUGUACCCAGAAGCCAGAGACUAGAAAUAGAGAAAAACCUGCUAGUUAAAGCAGCAACUGAUCCUGUUGCCAUGGCUCUACACAUGGAAAGUGGCUUAAAAGAUAUUUUCAAACAUGAUAACUACUGUGGCAAUCUGCUGAACAGAAACAAAACUCAGAAUGGAAAACUUAUGUGGCUGUAUCUGAGAUACUGGGAACUAGCUAUUGAACUACAGAAGUUCAAGAGGGCAGAAAAGGCCAUGUUAGGAAAACGCUAA